UGCAGCUCUGGCAAAGGAUGACGUGUGCGUGGUGAUUAAUACAAUCGUUUGUCUCACCAUUCAGAAGAUCUGGCAGUGAGGGUGCUGUUCCCUCCUCUCAGGGGUUCUCACUGCUGUGUGAUUUGGCUGCUGCAGAUUGUGCUGAGUAUUUCCUUGCUGGGAGCCGUACCCUGCCUUGCAGCAGCACAGCUUGCUGUGAGCUGGCGUUAUUCCUGUCAUAGUGACAUGAUGCUGCUGUGAAUGGAGUCUGGCCUUCACUGAAACAACACCUCAGCAGUGCUUGGGGCCUGGAUCACAGUGAGAUUGCAGUGUGACUGAGGCAAGAUGGAGGGGAGGCACCUGCAGACAGGAUGAUUCUGGCUGGCAGGAGGACACUGACCGGAUAGCACGGAGACACGCCCGAGGGGAGUUACACCCCCUCACUUCCCCUGAACCCACUGUCCCCCAACCCCCACCUACCUGUGCCUUUUCCCCACAUUUCACACCCACCCUGCCCUGACCCCAGUUGCUCCCACCCAGCAUCCAAUCUACAGAGCGUGUGGAAAGAAUGAGCUGGCUGAGUAAGCUGACCCCCAGAAGCACCGGGAGCAGGGUGAGCCGUUCUACAGGCCACCAAAGCCCCGUCACUGCCGACCCUGAGACCUGCUUCAUGGUGUUUAAGAAUCACUGGGCACAGGUGAGCCGUAUCCUGGAGCGUCGGGACGCGCGGACAGCAGACGAGGCGAGCGCAGUGCGCAACUACACGGACCAGAUGAUGUACCUGCUGGCGGAGGAGAGGGCGCAGGAGGACACGGGACUGGGCCCCAUCCUGGAGCUGGUCCUCCUGGAGGACAUUCUGGACCGGCUGCUGUGCUGGAACCUGCGCUGGCAGUUCGACGACGACAGGAAGAUCGAGCAGCUGAAGCUCUUCGACCUGCUGGUCAGUCAGUCCCAGCAGCCACUGCUGCGCCACAAGCCCGUGCUGAAGCCCCUGAUGAGGCUGCUGGGGGCCUGCGUGGAGCCCCGCUCCCCGGCACUGGAGAACAGCCUCGUGCUGCUCCUCAACCAGGUGUGUGUCUCGCUGUCCAAGGAGCCCUCCAUCCUGGAGCUCUUCUUCCACACUCAGACCAACCAGGGCCCGGCCAACCUCCUCAUCUUCUCCAUCCUCAUCCCCUUCAUCCACCGCGAGGGGCUGAUCGGCCAGCAGGCCCGAGAUGCGCUGCUUCUCAUCAUGGCCAUCUCGGCGGAGAGCAGCACCGUGGCAGGCUACAUCGCCAACAACUCCUACUUCUGCCCAGUGCUGGCCACGGGGCUGAGUGCACUUUACUCCUCCCUACCGCGAAAGAUUGAGGUGCGGGGGGAUGCCUGGCAGGCACUGAGGCGCGAGGACUGGAUGGGGGUCUCCUCCAUUGCCAUGUUCAUGAACUCGCUGGAAUUCUGCAAUGCUGUUAUCCAGGUGGCCCACCCUCUGGUGCGUAACCAGCUGGUAGACUACGUUCACAAUGGAUUCUUGGUGCCAGUCAUGGGACCUGCACUCCAUAAGACCUCCAUCGAGGAAAUGAUCGCCAGCACGGCAUACCUGGACCUCUUCCUGCGCAGUAUCACCGAGGUGGCGCUGCUUAAAACCUUCCUGCGCUUCGUGGUCCUGCACCGGCAUGAGAACAUCACCAUCCUUGACACUCUGAUCAGCCGCAUCAACAGUAACUCCAGGCUCUGUAUGGUGUCCCUCAGUCUCUUCAGGACGCUGCUGACUCUCAGUUGUGAGGACAUCAUGCUGCAGCUUGUUCUCAGGUACCUGAUUCCAUGCAAUCACGUGAUGCUGAGCCAACGAUGUGCCGUCAAGGAUCAAGACUUCUACGGGAAGACAGCAGAUAAGUUCCUGUCGCUGAUCCCGGAAUGCUGCAAGCCCCACAACCUGCGAGUCCUGGAGAGAGAGGAGGAGCACGCAGUCUGGUCUAAAGCCCACGGCAGCCCAAGUAUCGACACCUCGACGGUGACAGCGGCCGUGCCCAAGCCUUCGACCCCCGCCCGCCUCUCGCUCUUCAUGCGGCAGCAGAGCGCAGGCUCGGAGGGGGGCAACCCGCCCCGGUCGCCGGGAGGGGCGGCUGGUGAGUCCGCCGCCUGCAGCCCUGCCCACAGCCGGUGGGAGGAGGUGUCCGAGCUCGACUCCAACUACCUGGAGUACCUGCGGGACGCGCGCAGACACAUCGACCUCUGCGUCAAGGCCUGCGGCAAGUGGUCGGCUCCGUACGACGGCCGGGAACCUGACCCCCACUCCGCUCGGCCCAUCCUGGGGGACACUGACAUCAUCAGCCUGCACAUGGAUCACUUUGGGCCAGAACAGCUCCGGACCAGCCCAGCCCAGGCCCCGGCACAGGCCCAGGCCCCAGCCCAGCUCAAACCGGACGGCAGGAGGGAGCGGCUGGAAAACGGCGACUGGGAUGGCAAGCGGGAGAUCAACACCACUCCGCGCAGCCAGAAGCGAGGCCUGCAGAGGGAGAGGGAGAAGAGGGCUCCCCCAAGCUCUGCCAGGGGCAGGGGGUGCAGUGACAGUGAGCGGGGGCUGGGCGGACACCAGCCGGGCGGGCAGGGCGGCUCCCUGCUGAACGGGAUGCGCGAGGACGAGCACGGCAAAGUGCUGGGAGCCCCUGAGCGGCCCGAGAACUGUGUGGUGGUGAAGAAGGUGCGGAGGAACGGGCCCGGGGAAGAGAGUGGCAGGAGGGAGGUGACCGGGACCUGGAGCGGAGCGAGGGGGCCGGGAGAAGCCCCCAGCGGCUCGGCCCGCAGACCGCUGGCGGAGGGUGGGGAGCAGGAGCGGCGGGCGGGUGACGAGCCACGCCCUGAGGCCCUGGCGGCCUGCAAGUCCAUCGACAGCCUGAUCGACGAGCUGCUGGAUCAGGCGCCGGCCGAGGCCAACGGCAAGGCGCUCAACGUGGAGAAGUUCUCACAGGAGCUGCAGGAGAUGGAGGCCCAGAUGGGAGGCUGGGGCCGGGCGGAGGACAGCGCGGCCUCUGAGGAGGAGCAGGGAGAAGAGGAGGAGGAGGAGGACGAGGGCUGCCCCUCGCAUCAGAACGACGAGUGCCGGCCAGCCCCCGGGAGUCGGUCAUCAGAGAGAGUCGGGGCACCGGUGCCUGUCAGUGUUCAUCUCCCCGAGCAAGCACAGGGCCAGCCGUACACAGGUUCGUUCAUCGCUGUCCUGUUUGCGAAGCUGGAGAACAUGUUACAGAAUUCGCUCUAUGUCAAUUUCUUACUGACGGGAAUCAUUGCACAGCUCGCCUGCUAUCCACAGCCCCUCCUGCGCUCCUUCCUGCUCAACACCAACAUGGUGUUCCAGCCCAGUGUCAAGUCCCUCAUCCAGGUACUCGGGUCGGUGAAGAACAAGAUCGAGGUGUUCGCUGCCUCUCAGGAAGACUUUCCCAUGAUGCUGUACAAAGCCAGAAAAUAUUUAAUCGCCAGAGGGAAGCUUGAUUGGUCCGACUCCCCCAACUCAGUGCCUCCCCUGCGGCGCUCCGAGAGCCUAGUGAAGAGUCGGAAGCCGUCCCUCGGUGAGCUGAUCCUUCGCCACACCAACAGUCCGACCAGGGCUCGGCAAGCUGCCCAACUGGCCCUGCAGCACGUACGAGAGGGGCAGGUCCUGCACACCCUGACAGGGAGCUCCAUGUUCAAAAGUUCAGCGGAGAAGCAGAACGAGGCACUGCGGGUGAAGAACGCCGUCUACUGCUCCCUGAUCUUCUCCGAGUUCCUGAAGGAACUGGCCGCCAUUGCUCAGGAGCACGCCGUGACCUCUCCCUUCCUGCUGGAAGACGAGGGGGAGUGAGCAGACUGGGAGCAGAGGCAGCUCAUGGCACUGGGCAGAGCAGCUCACUCCCACCACUGCUGAGGAACGUACGUCGCACUCCCAACUGGUGCCGAGGUAGACACUCCCAACUCCAUCCAAAGAAUUCCUCAGCGGCAUCUGGAAUCAGAAUGUAUUACUUGAUCUACCUGUCAAGUGUCCACAGUUCCUUGCUGUUUGAGGUUCCUCCUGACACACACACAUCUCUCUGGGCAUAGUGCAAACAGGAGCAUCGUCUCUCCAAACACGCUACACGUUGGAGUGAGGGGGUGCAGUACUGGGGGACCCUCGAGGGGUGCUACAGUCACACAACUAUUCUAUGGAUGAUGUAAAGCAGAGAUUUCUGCUGUGUAAAUAUUGCAAUAUUUUUUU